AUGAUGACCGAAGAAGACGAACGUUCUCUCGAUUUUGGUGAAAAUCCAGAAGAUGAAUUUUUUCCAUCAUCCGAAGCACAACAUGUUCAUGCAUUUGCAGCCAAUGAAUUUGAGCCAUCGUCCACGGCUGCAUCAUCAGAAGCCUCUAAUGCUCAUCCAAUAAUAACAACAGCAACAACAACAGCAUCGGACCAUCGUGAGUACCAAUCGGCAACAACACCCAUGUUGGAUGAGGAGGAAGAUGAUCCCAUGAUCCAUAUGGUUGAUUCAGCAUCUUCUCAUCAUCAAGAUGAAAACCAAGCGAUCACACAUUUUAAUGAACAACAACAACAAUCAAUGGAAGGGGUGGAAGAAACCUCUUCUCCGAAUAUGAAUCAUGAUGUAGAACCAUUCAUGAUGAUGAUGGCCGAAGAAAAAGUAUUAACCACCAACACCAUCCUUCCUCAACCAAUCUCUUCCUCAACCGCCGCCAACACCACCACUAGUGAACACUCUCCUUCCUCCGUAACAGCAGCUACUUCCACAGCAGGACAAUCUCUUGCAACUACCAAUGCACAUUCCAUUCAAAACACUUCGUUUGAACAAAAUUUUGCUGAAACAGCUCUAAGGUCCUCCUCCAAAUAUUUGGAAGAUGACAUUGAUUUGGAACGAGUGCAUUUUCUUAAUGCAUUUACCACGACAAUGUUUGAAAAUGUCAUGAGGUUGGGUAUCAGUCACAACAGUAACACAACUCCAUUUGAAACAGCUCUUUCAGCUUUCCCAAAAUCUUUCCUAAAACAAUAUGAACCCAUUCUGUCAGAUUGUUUUAGUAAGAUGCAACGAACGGAACCUACUCGUUUUAUUGAGGAUUUGAACGAUCUUAUGUCGAAUUAUGGGCUCAAGCAAAAAUUGAAUGCUCUCGAUCGAACUGUAAAAAUUAAUGACCAUUGGGUGUAUUUUAAGAGGAAUCCCAGUGAAAAUGAGUCGAAAUAUGUGGUCGUGACGCCCGAUAUGAAGCAAGAGGAGAACACGUUACGAAAAAAGAAUUGUCUUGCGAGCUUAAAAAGGUAUCUAGAGACUAAGCGAGAGCUUCUACGACAAAUGAACCAUCACAAACAAUUAAUCAAUCAAAUGAAUGAGCAGAUACAGAGUGAAAACUCUCAGCUCAUUAAAACCAUUCAAGAGGAGUACAUUCCAACCCUUCAACAAUACAUGUCACCCUUACACAACAUUGAGAAGAAUUUGGACAAUUAUUACCGAUCUGAUACGAAAAGUCAACAAUCUCAACAAUCGAGCAGCAGUGAAAAUUCUGAGAAAAGGUAG